CCAGUUGUUGUAAUUAUUAUGUCUGGAGUGAUUGGUAUAGAUUUGGGUACUGCUGAUGCUAUUGUUGCAUCUGUUGGUAAGGGAGUAGUAGAUAUUGUACGUAAUGAGGUAUCUGAGAGGAAGACACCAUGUGUCGUUGGUUUUACUGAUAAGAACAGAUUAAUUGGUGAAGCGGCGAUGACGUCUAUUAAAUCUAAUUAUAAGAAUACUUGUCGUAACCCUAAACAACUAUUAGGGAGGACAUCAAUAGAUCAAGAUGAGGAACUCAUUAAGGAGAAGUUCUUCCAGGUAUGUGAUAAUGCUAUUGCUGAUGAUGGUACUGUUGGAUAUCGUGUAUCAUAUCUAGGUAAGGAGAGAAUAUUAUCAGCUACAGUGGUAACAUCUAUGUUGUUAUCAAAGCUUAAAGAUACUGCUGAUGCCUUUACCUCAUCAAAUAGUAAAGAUGUAGUUAUUGCUGUACCAUCUUACUUCCAAGAUGCUCAUAGACAUGCUAUAUUGGAUGCUGCUCGUAUUGCUGGUCUUAAUUGUCUACGAGUUAUGAAUGAUUCAACAGCUACUGCAUUGGCUUAUGGUAUAUACCGAUCUAAUGAGUUUAGUGAUAAUACUCCAACAAUAGUAGCAUUCACAUCUGUUGGUGCAUCACAUUUUGGUACAUCUAUCGUUAAGUUUACUAAAGGUCAUCUUACUGUACUUGGUGAGGCUAUUGAUACUACUGUUGGUGGUCGAUAUAUUGAUAAGAUCCUAAUGGAGCAUUAUAGUCAACAGUUUACUACUAAAACUGGUUUAGAUCCCCUUAAGAAUGCUAAAUCUAGAUUUAAGUUGGAAGAGGCUGUUAAUAAGGUUAAGAAGAUAUUAUCAGCCAAUAAUGAGGCCGUAUUAGGGAUUGAAUGCUUGUUGGAGGAUGAGGAUCUGAAUGUAGUCGUGACUCGUGAUAAGCUCGAGGAACUAUGUUCUCCGAUGGUUGAUAAGAUGCAGUCUGUGAUGAAUAAGGCAUUGAAGGAAGCUAACAUUACUAUUGAUGAUUUACAUUCAGUAGAGAUCAUUGGUGGUGUAUCUAGAGUACCAUUCAUACAACGUACUAUUGUUGAUACUCUACAUAAGGACUUAUCUCGUACUCUUAAUGCUGAUGAGUGUGUAGCACGAGGAUGUGCAUUACAAGCCGCUAUGUUAUCACCCUUGUUCAAGGUUAGGGACUUUGCCGUUACUGAUUUUACUCAACAAGGUAUUGAGGUAGCCUGGCAACAGCAGACAACAUCUACUACUAAUAAUGAUGAUGUUGAAGGAUGUUCUUCUAUCAUCAAGAGGACUGAGGUCUUCCCACCAAGAUCUACACUUAAUACGGUUAAGAUGCUUACCUUCUAUCGUAAGGAAGCCUUUGAGCUAUGGGCACAAUAUACCAACAGUGACGACCAUGCUGAUGAUGCAUCUCUUGGGAGAUAUACUAUACAAGUACCUCAUAAUAGUGAGAAUGAUGAAGGACCUAAGAAGAUUAAAGUCCGAGCUAAGCUCAGUCUACAUGGUACAUUCAGUAUUGAGAAUGCUAUUAUGAUAGAAGAGGAAGAGUAUCAAGUUGUAGAGAAGGAGCGUAGACGACGAUCUAUUAAUAAGGAAACUAAUGAUGAUAAUGAUGAUGAGAAUAUGGUAGAUGCCUCUCCUUCAGCAACUACUACUACUGCCAAUGAUGAUGUGAAUAUGGAGCCUGCUGAGGUUCCUAAGGACAAGGAAGAAGAGUAUGAGGAGGUUGAAGUGAUGAAGACUAAGACGCGUACCAAGAAGACCGAGAUACCCAUUAUACGCUCUCAUGUACCUGGUAUGUGUGAAGAAAGGCUCAUAGCUGCUGAGAAUGAUGAAUCUAUGAUGAAGAGUGUUGAUAGAGAAGUUGCUGAUACUGAUGAGAGACGUAAUGAGCUUGAGAGUUAUGUAUUCGAGAGCAGGGACAAGAUAAGUUCACCAUCAUCUAGAUGGUAUGAGUAUCUUAGUGCAGCCCAGAGAGAAGAAUUAUCUAAUAUAUUAAUGCAGACUGAGGAUUGGAUAUAUGAUCAUUAUGAGGCUACUAAGGCUGAGUACAUGGACAAGCUGAUAGAGAUACGUGCAUUAGGAGAUGGAGCUGAGAGUCGUGCUAUGGAAGCUAGUCUAAGACCUGAGGCAGAGGCUAGAGCACAGGAUGUUAUACAGAAGUAUAGGUCCUUAGCUCAGUCUCCUGAUAUUGCCUAUGCACAUAUUGCUAUUGAAAGGAAACAGUAUAUAUUGGAAGAAUGCCAUAAACUGGAAUCAUGGUUAUCUCAACAGAAGGCAUUACAAGUUAGACAACCUCUUUAUCUAGAACCAGUAUAUACUGUAUCACAGCUCAAUGAUAAGACUGAUGCCCUUAUCAAGUUGGCUGAUGGUAUAUUGUCUGAGAAGAAGCCUCCAUCACCACCACUACCAAAGAAGCAAGAGUCAUCCUCUCCUGAUCAAUCUGGUACAUCAGUACCACCCGAAGCUAUUGUUGAAGAACCUGAUAAUGUUGAUGAUGAGGUCUCCCCCAAGGAUAUGGAUGUUGAUUAGAUACAGUGCAGCAAUGGCAUUUAUAUACCAAUAACGCUAGAUCGUGGUCAUCUACAACAACUACUACCACGACAAGAAGAAGAAGAAGAAGAAACACUGUAAAUGAUAAGAUACCCCUCAUUAUGAUGAUGAUGAUGAUGAUUAUCUCCGUAGUGUGCUGCUACAGUAGUAGUAUAAGUCAUAGCUUCAUCAUUCAUCAUUGAAAGCUUUCAUUCAGAA